AUGCAACCUCGCUCUCGCCCUCCCCUCGUCACCAUCUCAGCCGGCUACAUAUCCUAUGCUCACACCGUACUAGGAUUCUCCGCCUUCUUUGGCGCUCUCAUCCUGGGCCUAUGCCUACACUAUCACAAGAUCGUCAAGAAUCAUGUAGCGGGAUGGCCAGACGAAUGGUGGCCGAGCGUGAGCGCGACGAUCGGCGACUGGCCGCAGGAGCGCUCCAUUUUGCAGAUCUUCAUCGCCCUCAUGUCCGGCCCGAGGAUUUCCCUCGUCCUUCUAUCGGCUCUGCUCGUCUCUCUGUCCAACCCUCAGUCGUUCAGAAGUAAGGCCUUGGCCUCGACAGGGAUCCUGCGCACCCUAUCAUGCGGGGGAUGGGUGUAUUGCACAUCGACCGACCUUCCCCUGAUCCACGACGUGGCGAUGAUCCUCUACCUAGUGCUAACUCCCGUCUGGAUGUUCAUCUCUUGGGGGUCACUAGCACCGCAGCCGGAGAAGGAGGCGAGGGCGACCGCCCACGACUCGCCCGCCGCGAAGCUGUCCGAGCGUGCUCGCAAGACAAGGAGGAACACCGCUGCAGCUUUCUUUGCCUCUAUUCCAUUCAUGUGCCUCUUCUACUAUCGGCAUAGAGUACUGGAGAUCCCGGGAGCUUACACGACGUACUCGUUCUUUGAAUGGAAUCUGAUCAUCCAGGACCUCCUCUUCGACCUGUGGUCAGUGUACGACCUCUGCAGGCUGGAGAUACAUAUCGUCGAAGCCACAGAACCGUCACCCCGAGCAACAUUGGGAGGUAGCUGGUGGACUGGGGGGACUGCAGUAGCUGUGCGAGACAAGGCGUGGAGCACUUCGCCUGCAUCAGCCGCUGUCGCUCAAAGCGUCGCCUCAGAUGCGAAAGAGGUCGACGAGAUCCUCGACUCGGCAGACGAUGAAGCCGACAAAGGGCAUCUUACAGUGGAGCUGUCCCCACGACGUCAGGUGUUUGCCUUCCUCUCGGACAUCUACGUUGACUUCCUCUGGUGGACAACGCUUACAGCUCUCCACCCAAGCAUCUUCUUCUUCUCCGUCUACAACCUAGCGAUAGGCGGGCAUGAAAUCCUCCUCAUCACACAAGUCUUCGCCCUCGGCAUUACGCUCAUCCCUUCCCUCAGGUGUAAACUGCUCGAAGAGCCCUCCCUACUCGUGACACCGCGUUCCAAGCCAGCCCUCAUCGGCCUCUGGGCCCUAAGCCUCUCCUCAAUCGCAACGUGGUGGAUCCCAGAUCCACUCAGUCGCCUUGGCUUCACCGGACUGGCGGCGGGAGGCAUCGCUGUCAGCCAGGCCCUCUCGUGGGGCGAAGCGUGGCAAAAGGGAGACAAGGAGGUGCACAGGAGAGUCGUGUCUUGGCUGGUGGGGCUGGCACUGAGCUCUACGGCCAAAUACGCGAACCACAGCAACAAUCCGCUUUGGCCUUUCAUGCAUUCAGGAAAUGGGGGAAAGCAGCCGAUUGGGCUUGCGUUGGCUGGUCUGAGCUUGAUCGAGCUGCUGAAGAGACCGGCGAGCUCGACCAACACUGGCACCGGCGGCCGAGCACGCGUCAAGGCGACGAAGGUGGAUGAGUUGCAGGCAGCUCUUGGUAUGGGUGGCCUCCUCUUCGCGCUGCACACCUUCCUAACCGACUCGGGCACUAUGAUCGCCUGGACUUGGACAGGCUUUCCCAUCAAGGGACCCAUGGCUAUCCCACAUGGCUGGCUGAUCCUCGCCUCAACGUCGAUUGGCAUCGCCACAGCCGCAAGUCGCCCAGACUUCGGCCAUCACCCUGCGGUCCUCUUCUUCCUCGCCCUCUGCAAUAUUGUUCUCAUCCUCACACGCAACUGGGUCGCUUUCUUGGCUGCGAUCGACACAGCUUUUCUCCUGCCCCUCGUGGCCUUCCCACUGGUACAAGGAGCGCUACGCCAUCAUCCGCUGCGGAUCAUGCUCUGGAUCUGGCUCGUCGCCGAUUUGAUGACCUUCUUCCAGGUGCUGACGGUAGCCUACGCUUUUGUCCCCGGCGGAAUGCCCUUCAGGGAGAAGACGUGGGCGAUGCUCGCGGUGCAGCUCCUCUUCCUAGGGGUGGGAUUGCGCCAGGCCCAGCGUAGUGACAGCAAGACUGCGGCUUCCAUUUCACACCUCAGCCUACCGCGACCCAUCAUGCGCUGCCUCAUCGCCCUUUUGGCCGCGAUCGUAGCGGUCGCAGUCGCCGUCUCCCGCAUCAGGCUGGUCGACACCUCGACCAUCAUUCCUCAUCAUGCGCACGACGGCUCACGUGUCUUUACCGCAGGCAUCCAGACGGUUCACUUCGGGCUCGAUCAGCUCUUCCACGACUCAUCCCGCCGAAUGGCCGACCUCUACUCGGACCUCCAGCUGGAUGUGCUCGGCCUCCUUGAGACGGACCUACAUCGCAGCGUCUUUGGCAAUCGCGACCUGACGCAAUACCUUGCCCAGUCUCUUGGUAUGUACGCGGACAUCGGGCCUUCUCCAUUGGGCCAUACCUGGGGGUGCGUGCUGCUCAGCAAGUUUCCGAUCGUCAAUACGACGCAUCACCUCCUUCCCAGUCCAGACGGAGAGCUCGCCCCUGCCAUCCAUGCAGUGCUGGAUGCCUUUGGGGAGCACGUCAACGUUUGGGUCUCUCAUAAUGGGCAAGAGGAGACGCCCGUGGACCGCGAGCUUCAGACAAAGGCAAUAGCCCGCGUAGCAAGCGCGACCUAUCCCCAGCCCUUCGUCUUCCUUGGCUACCUCGUCACCAAGCCCCAUGCAGAGCGACCCAGUCCAUAUAAAAUCCUCUUCGAAGAUGGUCGGAUCCAUGACGUCGAGCCGCUCGACUCCAUGCGCUGGUGCCAGUACAUCGGCUUCAGGUCCCUGUCCCGUGUCGCCUACAUCAGGGUGUCCCGAUACACGCUCACUGACACCGAGCUGCAGCUGGCCAAGUUCCGUGUACCGGAUAUCACAGGCGGUGAAGCGCCCCUGGAUCCAAGCAGAGACGAUAAGCCUAGACUGGUGAACCACGAUCAUCCUAUGGUCAGGCCGGAAUGGUGGUUCCCCACGCACUACAUCGAUCGCUUUGCGAGCCCGAGCGAGAAGUUCUCUUACACACCGUGGGUCUAUCCGCGCUACUACGCGCCCAAUGAGGAAGAGGUGGUGGGCGUAUAG